GGAAGGGGCAAUGUUAGCGAGCGUAUGAGUCUACCCUUUCCCAAGAUUUUAGACAUUCAAAGUUAGCCAACUUUGCCCGGCAAGUUUGUGAAUGUGAACGGCUCUGCGACUAGCCUGAUUCACAUGCAACAUGUGUAACAACUUUUUGGGGACUUACCUAAAAUGAAUGGCACAAAACUUUAAAGAGAGAGAGCAGCCGCCGCGCACAUGCAGCGCAGUUCCCGCUGUGAACGCGUAGCCUACAUUAAGGAAACCGCUUCUGCAACCGCGGGAGUCCGCGCUUCAUUCGGGAAAGGGAAUGAAUCUGGCUUUUAUUUUUCGACACUGGACCCGGGGAUGUGUGUGCUGAAGGAUGCAACAACGUUUCCUCGAAAUGCAGACAGACUGAAUAUUGCCGGGAACAAUAGCAACCCAGAUCUGCGAUUCGCCACAAUUUAGGCUAUAUCUGGAUCUUCUUCGGUCGGAUUUGUUGCCAUUGCAGUUUUCACUCCAUUAGCUAUUCGCUAAUUGCCACCAACAACAUUGUUAUUAUCUGGCCUCUGAUCCACUGUACAAAUAAAGAUGACUUCACCUGCGAGGCUGCGAAAAGACAAGGAGAUUAUCGCCGAAUAUGAAACUCAAGUCAAAGAGAUCCGUGCGCAGUUGGCUGAGCAGCUGAAGUGCUUGGAUCAGCAGUGCGAGCUGCGAGCUCAGCUUCUCCAGGACCUGCAGGACUUCUUCCGAAAGAAGGCUGAGAUCGAGACCGAGUACUCCCGCAACCUGGAGAAACUCGCCGAGAGGUUCCUCUCCAAGAUGCGCAGCACCAAGGACCACCAGUACAGGAAGGAGCAGGGGGUUCUCUCCCCAGUGAACUGCUGGAACCUUCUGCUGAGCCAGGUGAAGAGGGAGGGGCGAGACCACGCUACCCUCAGCGACCUCUACCUCAACAACAUCAUCCCCCGCUUCACGCAGGUCAGCGACGACUCAGGACGCCUCUUUAAGAAGAGUAAAGAGAUGGGCCUGCAGCUUCAGGAGGAUCUGCUGAAAGUUUUGAACGAGCUGUACACGGUGAUGAAGGCCUACCACAUGUACAACACGGACAGCAUCAGCGCGGAGAGCAAGCUGAAGGAGGCGGAGAAGCAGGGCGAGAAGAUGAGCCGCUCCCCGGACUCCCUGGCCGGCGUGCGGGUGGAGGAGAGGCACGUCCGCCGCAGCUCCGUCAAGAAGAUGGAGAAGAUGAAAGAGAAGCGGCAGGCCAAGUACACAGAGAACAGGUUGAAAGCCAUCAAGGCCAGGAACGAAUACCUUCUGGCUCUGGAGGCAACCAACUGCUGCGUGUUCAAGUACUACAUCCACGACCUGUCCGACCUCAUCGAUUGCUGUGACCUGGGUUACCACGCCAGCCUGAACAGGGCCGUCCGUACCUACCUGUCGGCAGAGUACAACGUGGAGACGUCCAAGCACAGCGGUCUGGAGACCAUCGAGAACGCCGCGGAUAGCCUGGAGGCCACCGGCGACAAGCAGCGACUGAUGGAGUCCUACAACAACGUCUUCUGCCCCCCCAUGCGCUUCGAGUUCCAGCCCCACAUGGGCGACACGGUGUCACAGAUAUAUUCUCAGCCUCCCUUGCAGGCAGACCUGAUCCAGAGGAGCCAGCAGCUACAAACUCGCCUUUCCACCCUGAACAUCGAGAACGAGGAGGUGAAGAAGACGAUGGAGGCCACGCUGCUGACCAUCCAGGACAUGGUGAGCGUGGAGGACUACGACGUGACAGAGUGCUUCCACCACGGGGGCUCCAUGGACUCCGUCAAGUCCAUCGCCUCCGAGUCCUUCAUGAGCAAGCCCAGCCUGGCCAAGAGGAGGGCCAACCAGCAGGAGACCGAGCAGUUCUACUUCACGAAAAUGAAAGAGUUUCUGGAGGGGAGGAACCUGAUCACCAAGCUGCAGGCCAAACACGAGCUCAUCCACAAAUCCCUGGGAGAGGGUCAGAAGACAGAGUGCUGCAUUGCCAGUGCCAGGAGGAACUCUGCUGCCCGGAAGCAGGAUCGUGGCCGGGCCAUCCCUCUGGUGGUGGAGAGCUGCAUCCGCUUCAUCAAUCGCCAUGGUCUACGGCACGAGGGGAUCUUCAGAGUGUCCGGCUCGCAGGUGGAAGUCAACGACAUCAAAAAUGCCUUCGAAAGGGGUGAAGACCCCCUGUCCAGGGACCCAAAUGACCACGAGAUGGACUCCAUUGCAGGCGUCCUGAAACUUUACUUCCGGGGUCUGGACCAUGCCCUCUUCCCGAAGGAAGUCUUCCAUGAUCUCAUUUCCUGUGUCUCUAUGGACAGCCUUCAAGAGCGAGCGGCCCACAUCCACAAAGUUCUGCUACCACUGCCCAGCAACACCCUGGUCGUCAUGAGAUACCUGUUCGCUUUCCUCAACCACCUGUCCCAGUACAGUGAGGAGAACAUGAUGGACCCCUAUAACCUGGCCAUCUGCUUCGGCCCCACCCUCAUGUCGGUCCCCGAGGGCCAGGACCAGGUCUCCUGCCAGGCCCACGUCAACGAGCUCAUCAAGACCAUCAUCAUCCACCACCACCACAUCUUCCCCGGGCCCCGCGACCUGCAGGGGCCCCUGUACGACCCCGAGGACUACGGUGAGCUCCCCCUUGUGGACGAACCGACUCCUGAAACUGUCAGAGAGCUUCACACCAGCAGUGAAGCCCUGACGCCCGCCCCCGUGUCCCCGGCUGAUCCAGGUCGCCUGCUGCUCUCGGACUCGGACCCCGUCGAGGCGGUGGCCCGCUUUGACUACUCGGGGCGCAGCAACCGGGAGCUGUCCUUCCAGAAGGGGGCGCCGCUGCUCCUCUUCCACCGGGCCUCGGACGACUGGUGGGAGGGGCGUCACAACGGUGUGGACGGUCUGGUCCCGCACCAGUACGUCAAGGUCCAGGACACAGAAGAGGGUAUGGCUGGGAGGCGGAGCCCCAGGACUGAUGUCGAUGGAGCGUGUGACUCCUCACACCUUGAGGAGAAAGUGUCCACUAGGGGGAGCGUGAGCUCCCCUACUGGUGGUCAUGUAGCCGAUAUCUACUUGGCCAACCUUAACAAAAUGAGGAAGUGGCCGGAGUGCGGGAGCAUUCGCCGGACGUACCGCCAGAGCGAGGGCUCGUCCGAAGUGUCCCCGGGGGCCAGCACGGGCCUGAGGACCACCUCAAUGCCGGUGGGCGGGGUCCCCAAAGAGGUGACCGACAAGAGGCCCGUCAGCGCCCACAGCGUCUUCACCUCUCUCACCCGCCACACGUCCGUCAAGACCAAAGUGGAGAGCCCGCAGUUCCGCAAGGCGGCCCCCGCCGCGCGCUCCAAGAGCUUCAGCAACCACCGGCCGCAGGAGCCCGAAGUCGCCACGGAGACGGAGCCCAGCUCCCAGGACAUCGAGGCGGCGAUGACCUCCGCUCUGAACGAACUUCGCGAGCUGGAGAGGCAGAGCAGUGCCAAGCACGCCCCGGACGUGGUGCUGGACACCCUGGAGCAGCUGAAGGGGGGUCCGGGCCCCCGGGGGCCCACGUCCGAGCCCGCCAGCCCCCUGCACUCCCGCCUGCUGAAGGAGGGCGGCCCCUCCCAGCAUGCCCUUCAGCGGAGCUCCAGCUCCGUCAGCGACGUGACCAGCACCUUCCGCCCCGGGAAGAGCUCCACCCACGGCCCCGCCCCCUGCCCCUCCCCCACCUCCUCACAUCGGGAGCCCCGCCCCCCUGCCACCCGCCCCAAACCCGUGCUCUUUCCCAAGGCUCAUUCAGCCGGCAGCCCCAGUAUGGGGUCCCCCACCACCCCCACCCCGCCUACACCUCCGCCUCCUCCACCUCCCCCACCCCCAACCCCUCCCACGGACAAGUCCUGUCCGUCCCCUCUCCUUCAGUGACCAUCCACAACUCCUCCACUUAUUUUUUGGUUUUCCUCUUUAUUUUGAAAGGGAUCUGAAAGCAGACUGCGGACUGUGCAGAAGCGCAGUCGGGCAGAUACACAAGUCCUUGAUCUCUUACUCCCAUCGAUGUGAAGAGCUUGUGAGUGUGUUCGUGAUUAAACACACGCACACACACAGUCUCAGCCUUGUCAAGAUGUCACUGAGACGAGACCAGGCCAUACUUCCUGGAAUGGCGCUUCCUCGGAACACUGGGAAAUGAACGCUUGCGACUCCAGUCUCCGGGGCAACGCUGUAAGGAUCCUGUGAAUGUCGCCGUGGAAACGGCUGGGGCUUGUGAGGGGGAGACAGAAUGGACCUGCUUCUAAAGAGGCUGGGCGUGUGUGAAUAGACCUGAAACCAGACAUCAGGGACAGGGAGGACUUAGGGAGGGAAAGGGUGUGGGGGGAGGGGGGG